AGUUCAACUGUGCUCUCAUGUCCUCCGAUGUCCUGCUCGAGGAAUUUGAGGUUCUGGAAUCCAUAUAUCCUACAGAACUGACCAAACUUUCCGAAAAGGAUAUCCAAAUCGAUGCUGAGCCUGAUGACAUAGCUGAAGGAGCAGAGCCUUUAAAGUUAUCCCUUCGGGUACAUUAUGGGGAGUCCUACCCAGACGCCCUUCCAGACCUCUCUCUAGAAGCCGUAGAAGGAGAACUUGAAGAUGACGAAGUCGCAAAGCUCAUCUCUGAACUCAAUGCCAUUGGUGAAGAAAACCUGGGAAUGGCCAUGACGUUCACUCUUGUGUCACAUCUCCGCGAGCAACUGUCUACACUCGUCCGAUCACGAGCCGAUAAACGGAGGAAAGAAGAGCUCGAAAAGGAACGGCUUGCUCUCGAGGAAGAAGAGGCUCGGACUCGUGGAACGCCUGUAACUACUGUCUCUUUCAAGGCCUGGAAAGACAAAUUCGAUGCGCAACAGGCCAGGAAGAAGCAGCAAGAAGAAGACGAGCGUAUGAAGGGGUUGACACCGAAGGAGCGUGAGGAAGUGAAAAGAAUGUACUCACGAUUAAGUGGGAGACAACUCUUUGAGAAAAACCGCAAUCUGGAAGAAGAUGCUCUUCUCGAGGAAGGCACUGUAUCUGUAGACGUCAGCCAGUAUGAGAGGUCGCACCAUGAUGAUGAUCAAGACGAGGAUGAGCGUGUUACAUUUAGCGACAGCGAUUAGCCCUAGUAUUGUGACCACACAUGGAAUAAUUUUGUACCAGUAAAACAUCACA